ACGUCAAAGCAAAUGCCUGCGCACAGAUUUUAGCUCGAUACUGGAAGUGCAAAGCAUUUUGCACGAAAAGUUGUGUUUUUCUUGUGAAUAAUAGUGAAAAAUUGCAAGAAUGGCCGGUUUAACAGACGUCGACAGUCCGUUUGUGAAGACGGAAAAGGCAUGCAAAAUAUGUGGCAGCUCCGAGGGAGACAUGGAAUCAAUAUUCUGCGAUGCAGACGAUACACGGAUGCUGAAUAAGAUUUACAAAUGUACCCGGGUCGAGGUAACCCCAGUAUGCGGCCUGAUAUCCCCCAUCUGUGUCAGCUGUCGGCAGCGAAUCGAUGCGUUCGACGAACACGCAAAACCGAAGGUGGUCGAGUUUGUAAUCAAGAAUGAAGCCGACCAGAAUGCAGUGGAAUACGAUCCGUUCAGUUUUCAAGAUCCGAUGGCAUCCGGUGACAAUGGGACCGAUAUUUUUGAAGACCUUUCGUCUAAGCUGGAAGUGAGGUUGGAUGAAUCACCGGCUGAGCCAAUUGUUAAAGAAGAGAAAAAGAAAGGCAGACCCGGUCGGAAGGCUAAGAAAGUUCAGGAAUCUGCUCCCGCAAAGGUCGACUUGGUUGCUACCGCUGAAAUAAUUCAGAAAGAGGCUUCGAAGCCUGAAGAAAGCAAAGAUAACGAGAAAGAAAAUGUACCGAAAACCCGCUCAACUCGCAAGGCAAAGGAAAAGAUUCAAACUAAGACAACUUCUGAUGCGGAAUCCAGUGACUUUGAGUGGCAGGGUGGAGACGAUUUCGACGAUGACAAUGACGAAAAGUAUGGUAGCAGCAGUUCCGAGGAUAAUAAACCGUUGAAAAAACGAAAGAAGGAAACUAAAAAACCAAAAGUUACCAAAUCUGGGAAACGACUGGGACGACCGCCGAAACCACGUCCCGAAGGUAAGGAGUCAAAAACGCCGGAAGAAUGCAAAAUCUGUGGUAGGAUUGUGACGUACAUGAGAGAACACAUGCGACAACACAAAAUAGACAAGCAACACAAGUGCCCGUACUGUGAUCGAAUGUUCGUUCAAGGAAACAAUCUAAAGUAUCACAUCCGGAAGCAUUUAGGUGAGAAACCGUACUCGUGCAAUCUAUGCGAUAAAACAUUUUACUGCGCACCGCAUUUGAAGUCCCACAUGAGAGUUCACGGACCGCAGGGUUUGUUCCAGUGCGACAAAUGUCCGAAAACUUUCAAUCAGGAGGGCAAUCUAAAAAAACAUAUUCGUGUACAUACGGGAGAAAAACCUUACAAAUGUAUGAAAUGCAAUAAAGCCUUCAACAGCACAUCGAAUCUGAAAAAUCAUCAACGACUGCACUCCGACGAGAAGGCGUUCACAUGUGAGCACUGUGCAAAAAGUUUUGUAGACAUUCACCAUCUACAGCGACACGUCCGGGUUCAUACAGGCCAACGUCCGUAUAUCUGUCACGUUUGCUAUCACGCGUUUCAGUGUCAAAACGGGAUCAGGGAACAUCUGAAAACGCACAUCGCGGACAGACAAGCAUUGAAACCGGAAACCGUUGUUUGAACGGUUUAAUUGAAUAAAGUUUAUCCAAUGACA